AAUUUUUAUUGUUUUAUAUAUAUUUUAUUAUUUUAUUGUUUCCUUUCAACGUGACUUUACCGAAAGAACUAAGAUUAUGAAUUACUGCAGUCACGAAAGAUUUAAAUGAAAAUUUAAAGACAUCACUGUUAACAUCCAAUUGUGGUCAAAAGUUAAGUUAGAGUGUCUCCGUGCACAUUUUACAUAGUAUGGACUGUAAUGUAAGCGGGAACUUGGAAUUGCAAUUACGAAUUGCAGCCUUGAGUGAACUUGAGAGUAGGCUGAAGUUAUGUACACAAAGACACCCCUCUAUAAUGAUGCCAAGUAACACCAAACAUAGUCUCUCUUAUAACACAUGGCAUGCAGACUGCUUGAGCUGCCUCAUAAGGAGAUGUUUUAGUGACACUUGUUUUCACCCGAGGCAGUUGUGCUGUGACAGAGAAAUACCUGAGUUAGUACUGCGCUUAGAGGUAUUCACUGUCAAAUGUGUCCAGAAUUAGAAUACAGUACUGUUUUGGUUUUUAUUAAUAAUGCAAUAGUCACGUGAUGUUCAAGGUCUCUCCCUGCUCAAACACGCAUUGCUGGCCCUGCGCCAGUGUUGGAAUUUCCAAAGUGUAAAUGUUUUUAUUUGCCCAGAAGGAUUCAAUCACUGCCUAGGAUUUCAAUUUAGUAACCUAAUUGAGUUGACCACUGUGCCAACACCGAACAAUCCAGUCAGACAAGGAUAUGAUGAACAUGGAUGGGUCCUAGAAGAGGUCAGGAGCUUGGAGCGGUUCUAAAUACAGCUCAACUUGUUUCGAGAUCCAUCUCAAGGUCUUGGUCUCAUCAUCUGUAACCAUUCCAAUGGUGAAUAGUAUGACAGUCACAACCCAAUUAACGUUUUACCUAGGAAAGCUUCACAGUCAGAAUACUUAUUCUCAGGAGAGUUCUGCUUUUGGAUGUUUGACCAAUUAUUUCUGGAAUGCUUGGAAAAAAACCAUCCCGAUGAGAAGAUAACGCUGAUGCUGCUACAAAAAGGUCAUCAGUCUACCUUGUUGCCUCCUAUUUAGCAACCGUUUUGUCUUGCAGGUGACAGUCACCGAUACACGAUAAUCAUACGAUCCAGCAACCCCUGUCGCCUGAUUGCCCGGUAACAGACAUGUUUGCAGCCACUGUGGGUGUUGUGGUUAUCCAAACACCCAUAACAUAUUUAGAUGAAGUUCACACAAUCCCACCAAACCUUGGACAAAAUUAAAUAAGGUGACAUAAAUGCUGAUUAUGCUGAUGAUAUAACCUUUAAUUACACAGUAGGGUGUGAACACUAGGAUCUGCAAUGAGUCGGUAGUUGUGUUGGUUUAAUGACUGCAUAUUAGAACUCCUGUUAUCUGUGAUGAAAGUGAUCGGCAAACUUCCCAGAUCCGAUGUGUAAACGAAGCAACAACCACCUGGAACAGUUUGCGAGGAGGGCACCCCUGACUUCCAAAGUGUGACUCCUCAUGCCCCCGGUUGACAGGCGUACACUGGCACGCCCUGUGUGUGAGUCAAGCGAGGGUGUUUUCACCGUUUCCUCUCAAACCCUUCCAACAGCAGCAGGGGGACUCUUCUCAUAGCUGUCGUUCCGCGGCGCCACGAGCGAUGGCGUCUGGAGGUAACGCCGGGGGCAGCGUUGGUAAUCUCUCGGAUGAGACAUUCCCCAGCUUCCUGUCGGAGUCAGCCCCAGACAGCCUGGGCCCCCCCGUAGCCAUUUCCACAGCCGCACGGAAAGAAGACUCCGACGACAGAACGUCGGACGUGUACGAGUCGUACUUGGAGGAGCCGUUGGCUGUAGGCUCGACUUCUGGAGUCUUUUGUGACCCCACCCACCCCCUGGGUGACCUCUCUCAACACAAGUUUGCGUUGAGCUUCAAGGAUGACCUAAGUGACGCGGACGACCUCGCCUCGCUGCGCCUCUCCGAGAUGCUGCUGCCAGUCGAGCUGGAGGCCGGCAGGCUUCACGGUAGCUGUCAUAGGCCCCUGGCACCGCCAUCGCCACCACUACCGCCCCCUGCUUCCUGCCGCCUCAUGGCACUGCAUGGAGAGCCCAGUGCGGGCAACUGCGGCCAAACCACGGGCGACACCUCCCUGGGCCUCCUGCCUCUUGAUCUCGUGGAUGACCUCUCAUGUGGGCUCAUGACGCUGACCGACAGAAUGGUUCCUGGGACAGAGCUACGUGCACAGACCGACAUCCAGAGGCUGCUCGCAUCUCCAUCCAGCGCCCCCGAUGACAGCCUCUGCAGCUUUGAGCAGAACGAGCUGCAGCAGCAUGGGGAUGGAGAUGGCAAUGGCGAUGACCCGGAACUCGAGGAACUCAAGGAAUACGAGUUUUCCAAAGAUGACAUCCGUAGCCUCCUGCAGCAGCAGGAGCAACAGCAGCUGGAGGGGCGGCUGCAGGGGCAAGGGCUGGCGACAGCAGGGUCCCUCCGAGAGCCGCCCUGGCUUGGGGCUGUGGGUCCUGUGAAGGGGGGCGGCUACAAGCCGACACCUGCGUUAGGGGCGACGCUGUUCCAGGAUGCAUUUGAGAUACCACGCAGGCGAGUGGCUGGCGCGGGCAGGGACUGUGCUCACACAAGCGAUGACGAAUAUGACAAGGCCGAUAACGAUCACGAAUUUGAUGACGUGGUCGUUGGCGGCAUGGACUUUCCUGUCCGUCGUGUGGACACCAACGGUGCUCUCUUGGUGUGCAACCGGCCAGGUCUGGAGGGAGGCAGCUCGGAUGAGGCGGAGCGUGACGGCCGCCCGAGGGCUUGUGGCAGCACCGGACUAAUGGAGGCGGCCGCCAUGGAGCCCCGCAGCUCGGCUGAGGGCUGGCACCGUGCCGCCUCACCUGAUGCAGGGAGCGGAGAAAGUGGCGAGGCACGAGGGAGGGAACACGGUGAUGGUAACGGAGGUUGGGGCGUUGAUACCUCUCCGCCGGAACCUUGUCUGCUGACGCGCAGCGUGGCUGGGGGAGAAGUGAGGACGCAGGCCACGCCCUGGGGAUCGCUUCACUCGCAGCGGCUGGCGUGCGGAGAGCGAGAAGGAGAGGCAGAGGGGGAGAACGACAGCGAUGAGGCUCGCGACAGCAAUGAGAGCGACGAGGUCCAGGGGGAAGGUCUCGACUCCAUGUACCUCCUGCCGAAUUCCACCGCGCGGCUCGGUGGCCGAGUGAGCGGAGACGUAACGGAAGUCGAACCUGUAUCAUCUACGUCGCUGUUUCGCUCGGACAUCGGACCACCACAGGGAGGGGGGGACUGGACCAGGAUUAAAGAGGAGCAGGCACACGGGGGCCCAGAUGUGUGUCCGGGCGUAGUCUACCAGGACGAACGAGGCGAGUGGGUGACUGACCUGGCAUUCUUCACGCCGCUGGACACGCUCACAGACACGUACGGGGGCCUUGCUCACGCCACCUCCAAUGACGGCGACUUCAUCUCUGGCAAUGAUGUGGCUGCACUCAUGAACGCUGAUGAGGAGGCCUUCCUCAAGGAGAACCCUUUUACGCAGCUAGAGACGUGCGAGGGGGCGACGGUGCCGACCACCGCCGAUAGUGUUGGCGAUAUCACAGCAGCUGCGGCGACGUUGGCCGAUGUGACACUGGGCAUGGGCGACUCGUCAUGGCGCCUGCUGCCCGACAGCCACAUGCAGCUGCGGGCCUCGCUGGCACCAGACGGCAGUGGCAACGAAGAGGAGGGCGACGCCUACAUGCGACUCUCGCUUGGCACGUUCAUCCGCCAGCGUUCAGAGGCGCUGGGCUCGCUCUGGGGCAAUGCGCCGUCCUCCAUGAGGCCGUCAUUUGGCUAUGACAUCGUGUCCCCCGAGAGGCGAGCGCCAUUUGCGCUGCUCCGCAUGUCGGACGCGUCGUCCUGCUGCUCAGACGCCACCGCCGAGCGAACGCUGCAGGAUGGGCCGGACGACGGCGGGGACAGUGGAGAUGGCGCACAGCUCACCUUGUUUCCCGUAUCGGUGGAGGAGGCGGUGUCACCGGCGCCUAUACCGUCGCAGACGGUGCUUUUGUCGCCGGCUCCAACACCGUCGAGUAAGGAGGCCGGGCGGCGUGGCGCGUCUGGGCGCGAGCAAGGACAGAAGGGGGAUGGAGCGGCCACCCACCCUGAAGAAUCUGUGCUACACAUCAGCAGCAUCGCAUCGGCCAUCGCCAAUGCGUCUUUGAACGCUGACCCCAUGCAGCUUGCGGCCAUGAUCAUGCAUCUUUCAAACAAGGGCCACCGGGCCCAGCCGCCUGGAGCGGUCACCAGUCCCACCCAGGGUCCCCUGGCACCGGGCUCGAGGCAGCUGCUUUCCGUUGAACCCCGUGAAAAUCUCACGGUACCACCACCACCAUCAUCAAUGUCUUCAUCGUCAUCGGUGGCACCGUCGGGUGUGAAACCCAGAGAGCAAGAUGCCGGCUCCGGCUCACAAGCUCCUGAUGAUGGUGCGGAUGCUUUGAAAUCGGUGACACCAGAAUUACCGCUCAUCCUGUCCCCGUUUGGGGCCGUUUGCGAAGCGUCGGCGGCAGCGUCUCUAACGGACGAGCCUCUGUCCGUGUCUGCAUGGUGCGCGUCCGUGUUUGGCGCCAGCGGUGGCAGCGUGCUGGGGGAGGAGAGUCGCAUGCUGGAGCACACCUUCGACUUGGAGAAGUACCUCAAGCAGGUAUCGCUCUACGACGACGGCAAUGAAAGCACGAAGGAGGAGCGGGGCAGCGUGAACUUCGCCACCGCCAAACAUGCCACCUUCGCAACCACCGCCGCCGUCAUCGCCCCCGACCGCUCGACCGCCAUCCCUGCCCUUGAGCCAGGAGAUAAGACGCUGACGUCGCAGCCGCCGAGCCGGGUCGCCCGACCAGGCGACACACGUGAGAGACGGAGCCGAGGCGCCGGUCCCACAGAUGUUCCACUGCCGGUGUCAGCUCGAGGCUCGAUGGUUGGCGCUGAGGCACGAGCGGAGAAGCCCAGCACGAGUGAGCGGUCGGCGAGGUCAUCGGACCUGCGGCAGAAGGAGUCUAAGGUUUCGGCAAGCAGACGAGCGUCGGGGGCUAAGACAAAGGCGAAGAGGGAGAAGGCCGGGGAGCGCACGGGGAGCCUGGGGGGGAACUCGUUGGUGCCAGGGGCUACGAUUGGAGUUGAGCAGCCGCUCGCUGGCACCGGAGGUCACUCACGCACGCAGCAAGAUGGGACCUGGAGCCACAAGGGGGAGAGGAACGUCCUCCAGAGAGACGUCCGGACAGCGGGGAAUUCCACCGAGCACAACUUGGGAUCAAGCGAGCCACGGGAAGGGCAGCCCGAGGAGACUUUUCUGUUCCGCCCGUCCACGUCACCGCUGUCUCACUCGUCGCCAGGCCAGGGAUCUGACACCAGCAACUCUACCACCACCAGCACCGCCCCAAGCGUCGUGCGUGACGACCGGGCCAGUGGGACGUCUGUGCCGUGCGCCACUCCAAGCGUGAACGGGGCCGUCGGCCAUGCGUCCCCUACCUCCCCGUGUGACCCGAGCCUCAGCCGCCUCACGUACCUGUCUGAAGGUGACAGCACCCUACAGAACAGCAUCUGCUUCCCCCAGCAUCCCAUCUCGACCACCAAGUGUGAUGAACUCAGCACGACCAUUGUGUCGGCCAGCCCCACGCCAGACCUGGAUGCUACCCUGACCCCCGCGUCCAGCGGAGUCGAGCUACAGCACAGCCCUCGCCAAACCCUGCAGCUCUCCUCCACCACCUCCUACCAUCAUCUUGCCAGUUCCGGCACCAUCCAGUUGCCACCCGACAGAGUUACAGACCCCGGGCAACUGGCAGCCCCUCUCCGAGUCCCGGCGUCCAACGCCGCCCCGACGCUGCUCACGGCGCAGUCUCUGAUGUCCUCGGCGGCGCUGGUGCAGCGCUACCUGACGAACAACAUCACAGCCGACUAUCCCGGCGCGCUGGCCACGCCGCACUACACGGUGCCGCCGGCCCCCACCGUGCCGCCGGCGCCCACCGUGCCGCUUCCGUCCUCGUGCCACCUGCACUGCGUCGCCAGCGUCACCCGGGCUGCCUUUCCGACGGCGGGAUUCAUGAGUACGGUGCCAGCGGUGAGCUGCACCGCCGCGAGGUCCGGACUGUACAGCAUGCCGGCACUCGCCGGAAUCCUUCAGGGGGCGCAACACGGGCUGCUUCCGGGAACUCAUUCUGGAUUGGUGCACAUGCUGGACCUCGGGGCGACACCGUGCCGCGUGCUGGUGCCGGAGGAGCUGGGCUUCCCCAAUGCGUGUUGCGUGGGCAUCGCGGCACAGACAUCGCUCAACGUUUACAACCCCACUGAGCGCUGGCUGCAGGUGUCGCUGUGCCUGUUGAGUACCUCCAUCGACGGCGAGAAGGUGGAGGGCGAGAGCCAGCAGUGCUUGGUGUUCAAGAGCCAGACAGUGCUGGGGCCGCGCUCCUCCGAGGACGUGCGCGUGCUGCUAGUGCCACGCCGGGCUGGCGUGCACGUGUGCGUGCUCUCCGUGGCGUCGUGGCCCGUGGCGGCUACGCCGGUGGAUGUGGCGCACGCCGGUGCCCUCGCCUCCCGCGUGCUGCUCACGGCGCUGGCGCAAAAUCCCCAUGUUCAGGUGGAAGCCGGGAGUGGCCAGGGCGUGGAAUUUGGCGACGUGCAGUGGGGCAUGGCGCGAGUACUGCCAGUGCGGCUGACGAACCGGACGCGCGCCACCGUUCCCGUGCGUCUUGUCAUCUCUGCGAACGCUGUGGCGUGGCGCUGCUUCACGUUCAGCCGAAGCGACCCAGAGACGGCGUCCAACCCCACGACAGAGGCCCUGUCCGCUCCCUCCAUCAUCAACCUCGUGAUGCACGCUGCACACUCCGCACAGGAGGCCGAGUCCCAGGCAGCCACUUUGUGGAUUUGCUUCAGAGCUCCGGCUCGGCACGGCAGUCUGACUGACGCCGUGGGUCCAGUGGAGCACUUCUCGGCACGCGUGGACGUGGAGCUGGACAGCCCCGGGCCGAGCACCGUCGUGAGCAGCCUGCCCCUCCACGCCCGUGUCGGCGUCGCUCGUGUCCAUGCCCCCAAGCACCUGCAGACGCUGGAGUUCUUGGCCCGCCCUGGCACGUCCACCGUUCAGAAGCUUCCGCUGCAAAACGUUGGGAACAUCAACGUGGAGCUUAGCAUGAAGGUUGUGGGUCCCGGUGUGGCGUUCUCCGUUCAGCCAAGCACACUGCACCUUUCUGCUGGUCAGGAGUCGGAUCUGUCUGUCUCCUUCGCUCUGUCCGAUGACAAUAUCUGCCCUGCCCAUGGCGUGUUGCAGAUCCUGGUGCUGCCGAUGGGCCCCCAGUACGAGGUGUGCUUGAAAGGGGAGGUGCAGCACCCAUCGCCCCUCCUCAACAUCCCCCCGCUCCUCUCCAACAAGCAGUUCCUCAGCUGGGGCGGCGUUUCCCUGGGGCGCGCCACCCAGCAGAAGCUGACCCUACGGAACAACUCGGAUACGGCCUCACUGCCACUGCGCAUGGUCAUCCGUGGGCAGGAUCACGACUGCUUCCAGCUGCAGAGCACGUUUGGCCGGGAGGAGAGGCUGAGCAGUGCACGCGAGCUGUUGCUGGGCCCGCGUGAGGACGUGCCGGUGCGCCUUCUAUUUGUCCCGACGCGCCGCACCUGCAUGCUCGCCAAGCUGGAGAUCAAGCAGAGCGGCACACGCUCAACCGUGCCCGGCGUCAAGUUCUCGAUCCCUCUGUCAGGCUACGGCGGCUGCAGCCACGUGUUGCUGGAGGGCACCCAGAGGAUGUCCGACAGCUACGCGGCAGUGCUGAGAGACGUGGCGGAUGGGCGCGUGAGCAGAACGCGCGUGCGCCUGCGCAACGCGGGGACACGCGCCGCCUUCGUACGUGCCGUCUGCUUUGGCGACAUGCAGGCGCGCGAGGUCGCCGACAGCUCCGUGUUCACCAUCUCGCCGGCACACUUCGUCCUCAAGGAGAGAGCUGAGCAGGAGGUGGAGUUGACGUGCCGGGCGACCGCGCGGGAAUCCGCGCUGUGCCAUACGAGCACCGCCCUCCUCGCUGUCGUCUGCUUCUUCUGCGGCGACGAGAUCGCACGGCAGCUGUUCCGCAGGGCCGUGGCACAGACAGACGGGAGGUGGAAGCCGGCGCUGUCGGAGGAGAACCCCCUGAGGGCCGUCGACUUCCACGUGCCCUUCCCAGGGGAGGAGGCUGUGACCGAGGUGUACGACCUUCCAGAGCGGCCCAAUGACGCCGCCUCCUUCUACAGCCACAUGAGCCGUGUAUUGCUGUCUCUCGUGGGGCGCGCGGUCCAGCCCAGCUCGCCGGGAGCGGCUGCAGACACCGACACGGUUGACACGGGUUACGCCGACAGCCUGGAGGACACGGCACAAGCAGAGACUCACCUGAGGGAUGACAGUGGCCAGCGGCGCACCACCAGCAGGGAAGGCGAGGCCCAGCAGCGCCAGCGGGCGAUAAGGCAGCAUGGCAGCACCUCGCUGGAUGUGCUGCCCGUGCGGGGACCCCAGAGCGAGGGGGCGGCCACGGGCGUGGAGGCGAGCGCGUGGAGCGCCGAGCCCACACUGCUGCUCCUGCCGGCGCCCACCAUCGGUCACUCCGCAGGACGCGUGACGCUGAGGAACCACACAUCACGAGCUCUGCCGUUUGAACUGUCCUGGCCUGCGCACUGCCUGACCGUCACUCCCCAUCAGGGUGUGCUCGACCCACAGGGGGCGCUGCUCAUCCUGGUGAGCCCCACGCCAUCUCCGUCCGCAAAAACGAAGCUGCCCUGGACAGGCCGACUUUACGUGCACUGUGACAACCAGCAGCAGGCGGUGCGCGUGCAGAUCCGAGAGGAUCUGGUGCAGGCUGACGUGGUGUCACCGGACCCCGCGGUGGGACGCACGCUCGCCGUGCCACACGCCACGCCCGCCACACCUGCCAUCCCACCCGCUAUGCCGCCCGCCUUGCUCGCCACGCCGAGCAUACAGACAAGACGAUCCCUGUCCACGCCAGUGCUCGGCGGCGUGGAGGUGUUCAACAAGAGCGUGUACUUCCCAGCGACACGCGUCGGAGAAACGUCCAAGGCUGCGCUGAAGUUCACCAACCGUGGCACUGACGAGGUGAAGUGGUACCUCACCUCCUUUGCUCCUCCAUAUGUCAAGGGAGUGGCUGGCACUGGUGAUGUCUUCCGCGCCACCUACUCCACCUUCCGCUUCUCACGCAUGGCCGGCACGCUGGAGGCCGCUGGCAAGGCCACGGUGUGGGCUGAAUUCAUGCCUCGCGAUGGUGGACGCUACGCCCAGUUCUGGGACCUGGAGUGUCACCCCGAAGGGCACACGCACCUACGAGACCACACACGUGUGCAGCUUUCGGCAGAGGCGCUCGGGGAAACACUGGGCGGAGGCACCGACGCGGAGGCGGUUCCUGUGGGCCUUGUGAAGACGGCACCGGCACCGAGCCCACCGCGGGCGCGGAGUGGCACUGAGCUCCCCGCGCCAGCCCAACACGGCUGCCUGGCACACGAGGACGGGAAGGGGAGUGCUGGUGCCACCGCUACCACCACCGCCGCUGGUGGGCUCUAUGUGCCCCGGGAGUCAUACUCCUUCCCCCAGACGGCGCUUGGCUCCUCCAGCACUGUCAAGGUGUCAAUCCGGAACAAAACGUCGCAGCCACACACCCUGAAGUUUGUGUGUGCGCGAGCUCCUUUCCACAUUCAGCACUCGAACCACUUGAUCCGGGCCCAGCACUACGUGAAUCUACCGGUGCAGUUCAAGCCACUGGUGGCCGGGCCCAGCGAGGGGCUUCUGGUCAUCGAGACGGCGCCAGGGAGCAGUCUGUCCGUACGCCUGCACGGGGAGGCCAUAGCCGCCCCACAGUGAUGGACAGGGAGGAGGAUGGCGGGAGACGGUGCUUUCCUAUCAGGCUAUCGAUGAUCUCGCACACUCCAGCGCUCUUGUAUACAAGCACGCGCACGUGUGUGUGCGCGCGUCCUUGUGCUCACAAUCGUGCUUUCUUGUGUACUCUUGUGUACGGGUGUGUUUGUGCUCACAAGCACACGCUCUCGUGAUGUACUUGCUCGUACACACGCACUCUCACGUGCUCAUACGAAUAUGCGCGGUCAUCGUGCACGCACGUAAACGGAGUUCAUACACACGUACUUAUUGCUUAUACACGCACUGUGUGCGUUCAUAGGUUAUUCACAACAGAAAAUGCACGUGUUCACGCACACGUUCACAAAUUCAUGCUCCUCUGAACACUCAGAAACAUGCCGUCUCACACGCGCAUUAUUGUACACGCGCAUACAAAAACAAUGAUGCGCGCCAGUUCACACUCAUAAUCGUAACGUUCCACGAAUAUCGCCGCACAUUGUUGAUGUAGGUUUUUAUAAGAGGUGAAUUUUGGUAACUCGUUUGUGACUCGCCCACACACGCUCGUGAGUGCACGCGUUUAGCCGCACACGCUCAACAACAGUGGCCGCCAUUCGCCGCUAAGUGGCUGUCACCUCACCAAGGUGCUUGUGCCAGGCCAGGCGCACUCCAAGGUCACGUGAAGGGUCGCUGACAAGAGGUCACGGGACCCAGGUGCCAUGGGUUGACUGACUGACAUAACUGGCACAUGCACUAGUUGUAUCCCCUGCUCUGCCAACUUGCUGCGUUUUAGCCGCUUGGCGCUCCGCUCAUUAUUGUGAGCGUCGCUCCUUUGCCCUCCACUGUUGUUGGAGGGCAACUGCCUCGCAUAUUAGCAUUCGCCAAGAAGCCUAAAUUUAAGAAGACAUUCACUCCCGUCCACAGCAGCAGCUGCCUUCAUUUUUCUUAAGCGAUUAACUGUUCCUCUUGUGUUUACAUACAACACUACCAUCACCCGGCGGACAAAUUAAUGGAAGCCUUUUUGAGAUUGCUCGGUCUUGCUUCAAUUGGGGGUAUUAGGUAGGCUAGUCUGGUCCACAGCAAAAUAUUGUUUGUUGGUAUCAUGGGUUGGUUGUGGAUAAUUUCCAGCAAUUGCUCAUUUACAAGAUUAUCUUGUCAUUAACAUGUUCUGGGGCAGCGUGCCCUGUAACUAAGCUGAGGGGCCCAUCGAGGUGAAAUCCACGAAACAGACGCCGUGCCUACAAGGAGGACGGCAGGCUCAAACCACAAUUCUGUUUCAACAAAAAACACAAGUGCUAUUCUUGAGUGCAUGCGUGCGUGCACAUAAAUGUGGGGAGCUGCGGCUGCUUUGCGCACUGCACUCUGCUCCCAGCAUUCCCGCGUUCAAUUCCUGGCCGUGGUGCUCACCGCCGCGUGACGGCUGGCCUCCCCCUCGGUAGCCUCAACCGAUAACGAGUCGAGCGUGCCGUCAGCAUCGGCGAUGGAGAAACCGGCGACCGGGCAUUUGUUUGCGCUGGCUCCACCACACGCCCAUCCUUCAUUGCCACGCCGGCCCUGAUGCGCAACACGCUCACUCGCAGCGUUACCAUGGCAGUCCAUGGAGCUAAAUUAGAGAUGUUUGUGUUUAGGGGUUAUGAAUUCGUGUGGAAAGCUUUUAUGUCGGGCUGUGUGCUCGUUAUGCUAGUGUUAGACCAGGUUUAAUGUUAGGAUAACAUUAGGGUUAUAGUUACGUUUAAGGACACUAGCAGAUGCAGUUGCGGAGAUUGUGAAAUCCACAUCUGCCUGGAUUACUACUGCAAGAGUGUUUCCCAGUGUUUAUGAACAAAAACACUGGGGCAUAUCUUGGGAAAAGAUUAAAAUUGAAAGAGGGUAGAAACUACUUACAUGUCUAGUCUUGAGUGGUGUGUUAGAAUGCAACCGAUAAAAACCGCCACUUAAUUUCUUCUAACGGAGGGCAUCGUGAGUCACCCAGCACAGGUGGCAACAGCCCUACUCCCACAUGCGGUGGCGGAGAGGGGACGCGCGUGUCCGGGACGUGCUGCUGCUGAGGGCUCCGCGGGAAGCCGGUGGAGCUGGACGGGGUCGUGGCGGUGCCCUCAGGAGGUUGCGGGACAAAAACGAAAGCCGCGUGUAAUGGGCAACGGUGGCGCGAUUGGUGGCACGGCAGCAGCUUGUGAUGUGACGCGGAGGGAGAGGUUUGCGAGCUGUGCGCGCGUUUUGCCAAAUGCCAUUUCAAACUGUUCAACACGCUAACCAGGCCCUCGUUACAGUCUACAGUUGUAUGUACCCAGGAGACUGUUACGAACUCAGUCUGGGCCUUAUUAAUUGUAAAAACAAUGCAGCAAAUAUAUAAAAUAUACUAAAAACAAAUUGCUUAAAUAUUUGGCUACACGACGUGCACUGUGCGUAUGUCUCUGGUGUGUUUCACGUGCAGUGGUCUUCCUGUCUCACGUGAAGUGAGACCGGAACAAUGUAGUGCCGCCACCACGGCGACCCAUGCAUGUUUGGAGUUGAGGUCAUUAUUUGCAUUAGCCAACACUGGAAUUCAGAGGCUGACCCAAUGUAGAGAGAUCUUGGUGAUCCCAAUGAGGUGACCUCAAUGUAGAGAGCUCUUGGUGAUCCCAAUGAGGUGACCUCUAUGUAGAGAGCUCUUGGUGAUCCCAACGAGGUGACCUCAAUGUAGAGAGCUCUUGGACUGGCGUUGGCCAUACCGGGCGAGAUGUGGUCGAGUCGCUGAGAACAUGCACUACAAACGCGUUUAUUGACGCUUAAUCCCAAAACAAGAUGCAUCGUGAUCGAUACUUCCUACUGGAGCUGGAUUCGUCUUUUUCAUUCUUUUAGAUUGAAACCACUCCUUCGCAGUGUGUGGUGGUACUCCCCCAGUCGGCACAUGAGAGGUUGUGAAUUCUUACCCAAGUCGGGGAUUAUCAGAAUGAACAGCCACAGGUCAAUAAAGUUAUCCCGAGGAGAGUCUGACCCGCGCCAUAGGCGUAUGUGGACGACACCGCUGGUUCGGAGCCUGCCCUGGAUGGUGCGGCAUGUGAUGCAUUCAGUAGAUUCCUGUCAAGCAGUGUUCGUUAUAUCGCUAUGGAUUGGACUAACAAGAACCAGGCCAACCCAUCUUUAUAUUUGUUGUGGGGAAUUUAUUUUUGUACCUUUUUUUAACCCGGAUUUGUGAGCAUCCCGUGAAGCCCAUAGACCAGCGUCUGGUGGGCUUAUGCUGCAUUAUUAUUAACCGAAGCACGUGUGUGAGUUUUUAAAAAUAUUGUUUCUCUCUGGACCGCGCCCAGAUUCGGCAGCUUCCCGUGGUCACCGAUGACCGCGACUUCAGUUGAUGCAUCUCGCUCCUCAAUGGGUCUAGAGCAUUAGGCUGUUCUUCCAAAUGAAUACAUUCCAAUCAAAAUGUGGCCUUGGGAUUUCCUAUGGGCAUUUCCUAGGUUUAUCUGGAGAUAACGUUUACUCACAUCGUUAUUCCUGGAAAAUAAUCUGGCAUCGUACGUGUAGAGCACGGUCCACACGUAGCAAUGUGUACAGAGCAAUGAAUGUCUCUUCAUGGACUUGCCGUUUCCGCUUCCGGACGCGGCAGUUCAAACAACGGUGCCAGCUUCUCAACUCCCCCACCUCUGCACCCAGCAGCAUAAUCGAGCACGGUCGAUCAGACAGUCGCAUGUGGUGGGGUAAAGUGUGAGUGCUCAACUCUUCGUGGACGUGUCGGCAGCGUGGAAGUGUAGGCCACGUGCCCUCUGGAGAGUUCGCUAGAGCUCGAGUAGAGGCCCUUCUGCCAGCAGGUUACAUGUGCAAGUAUUUGCACAUGUGCAAGUAUUAGCUUUGCUCUUUACAAGUUGCGACAUGUUGGCCGGGCGUCUGUCAUUGUCAUCGCAAUACAUGGCCACCGCCCAUUCGUCACCCUGUUCAGUCUUCGUGUCAGUGGUGGUGCAUGGCUCCGGUGUCUAGGUAAUGCACAUUCGAUGUGUAAUAAUAAACUAGUACUGGACUCGCCAUAACUGCCCCCAUGGAAGCUGCAGGAACGAAUGGACUAUGACAGUGGAUUGCACUGAUUAUUCAAUGGGACCACCUGCACGAGUCGCCAGAAACUAAUCAUCUGGGCUGGAGUUUGUUACCUCAUCAAACUGGAGCCAAGAGCUGCCAGCGGCAUCACAUUGCGUAAAACGCCUCGAGCGCGCUCGCGUUCCCUUGUCCAUUGCGUUGAUUGAGAAUGGGAAUGUUCACUCCGGACGGGAUGAUUCUCAUCUCGACGGUUUGCGUGUUUUUGUUGUAAUUUUCAUAUUUUUUAAAAAAUUAUAACUUCGUCUCCGUUCCCGCCAGUGGAGGGAAACGGCCGAUCGUCGGGAUGAGAACGGCAUCCUUGGUGUUUGAUGCAAACAGGCAAAAGGGCCAUGUGGAUCUCUCCCCCCCCCCCCCCCAAACCUCCCCAUGCCCAUUUGGGCUGCCAACUUCGCUUGUCCGCCGACUUCCCGCUUUGGCAUUAAUUUGCAGACUGCAUUAGUGCGUUGAUGAAAAGUGCCGCGAGCAGGCGGUGAUUGUGUGUGUGGCUGGGCGGGAGUUGAGAGGGCUGCGUUUGCAAAUUGCUGCUGCUCACGUAGGCAUCUGCGGUCCAGGCUCAGCAGGCUACUAAGUGACCCCCCCCCCCGCCUGUGCUUUGUUGUUUAACUUUGAAACCCCCCCCCCAGCUGCUCACCCGCUCGCGGUGGACAGAGCCCCCGGCCAUAGAUGUUUCACCGCGGUUGAAUCGCUCCCACACCGCUCGUGUGCCGAGUGGCCUCCGCCGCGUAAUUGGCGUCUGCGGAAGCACAACCACUCGCUGGGAAGUGACUAGUCAAGAUUGUUUGGUAUAUUCAGAACAGACUGAGCCCCAGCACGGGAAUAUGGAAUAUCUCUCAGUUGGUUGCGACCAACAGUGGAGAUGAGCACUCCCUCGUUGUUGGAGCAUGGGGAACACCGAUUGCAUUCCACUGUGGACAGCACCCCCAAGUCUGUUGUUGUCUUUGUCGAGCUGGACAGCACUGAGCAGCUGUCUCGUAAUCAAAUCAUCAUCAUCGUCCUCGCCAGCAUCGUCUUCAUGCAGUGUUUGUUAACUUCAGCAUAAAUGGCAGCAGUGUGAAAUUGUAUCUUCAGCGUGUGCUGCCCUGCACUUUAUUUUGUUGGCCAAUUAAUAAAACAUGAAUAAAACAAAUGUAUUUAUAA